UCUCCCAACAAAACCAACAAAACAAUCUCGAGUCUCCAGCUGGGAAGAGAAAGCGAGAGAAGGAAACACAAUCAACAAACUCAGGAGGGAUGAUCAGGAGCAGUGGAAGGAAGACUAAAAGAAAACAGCCAGACUCAGAACCAGAAUCAGAAUCAGACUCAGAAUCAGAACGCUCCUCAACCACACCAGAAACAGCUUCAUCAUAUUCGGCUACCACUAGCGAAAGUGAUAGUGGCAGCUGCACUGACUCAGAUCAAGAACCUAGCUCUCAUCUCCCUCAACUAGUGAUCAUCAAUGGCAAACUCAUCGACUCGCGAAACAAACAAGCUGAUCAACAUCCUCAGCAAGGAGCCCGAAAACAGCGGAAAUAUUUUUGUCAUUGGGAGGGCUGUCAGAAGAGCUACACUAAACCAGUCCGAUUGGAAGAACAUGUGAGAAGUCACACCAAUGAGCGGCCUUUUGGUUGUCCAACAUGUCCGGCGGCGUAUCGAAGAGAAACCCAUCUGACAGCGCACAUGAGGAUGCAUCUGCCGGAAUCUCUCGGCCGUUACUCUGUGGAUGGCAAGCCGCAACCCUUGCCCCAUCAUCAUCAUCAUCCACCACCACCACAUCUGCGGCCAGCCCAGAAGCCUGUCCCCGGCGGUUCUGGACCCAACAACAACUGAGGAUCCAUCGCGAAAACGUCCACGAGGGGAAGAAAGGACAGCCCAAGCUUCGAUGCGAUCAUUGUCCGCAGGAGUUCCUCAAGCAUCGCGCCUUGCGCGCUCAUCUCCUCGACGCCCAUUGUCCCCAAGGCACGAAACCAUACAUGUGUCCCCACCCCAACUGCGGCUUCUCGUUUGCCAACCCCUCCCGAUUGCGCAAACACGAACGCACCCACGAGCCCAACAGAUACACUUGCGUCCAUCACGACUGUCUCGAUAACCCAAGCCUCUCGCUCCAGCAACGCUCCUUCUCUAGUUGGACUGACCUCCAGCGUCACACACGUGAUUCGCAUCCGUUCAGAUGUCCCGAGCCGGACUGCAGUAGGAACAAGAAACCAUUCAAGUCUCUUCGAUCGCUCAAACAGCAUCUGCAAGUCUAUCAUCCUCCUGCCCAACCGCACCGAGAGGGAGAAGAAGAAGAAGAAGAACCAAUGACAGCUCCUGGGAUCCUGGCAUCCUCGGCUCGGAACACGGGCGCGUUCAUCUGCACCCAAUAUCCGCCAUGCACACGGGCCUACAAAUCCGCCCGCGCCCUGCAACGCCAUGUCAACCUCAUCCAUCUCAUCGACCGCCACACCUCCUGUCCGUUCCCAGGCUGCUCCUUCAGCUCUGCAUUCCCCUCCGGCUUGGCCAAACACAUCAAGUCCAAACAUCCCUCCCAAGACCCAGCCCUCCCUUCCUCCUCCGCCCCACUCCCCAAACGCUCCAAGCUCACUAGAGUCCAGAAACUUGCUCAGAUCGACGUGCUUACUGGGAUCGGCUACUCGGACCCACUUCCUCCCGAUACCAAUAACAAACUAAUUCAGUCAACAUUCAGGAAAUUCGCUUGUCCUUUCUUCAAAUUGAAUAUCACCCAUCACUCCGAUCCUCAUCAUCAUCCUCAUGCCACAGAGUCUGAAGAAGUCUCUGUCCAAGCUCCCCAACCCAAUCAGAAAGAUACCACCCUCAACUCAGCACCCGGACACCCAAAACCGACCGAGAAGAACGAGCUCGAUGGGGAGGGGUCGACGGAGAAGUGUCUGUUCAGGUUCAACCGAAUAUACGAUAUCCAACGACACCUCAACUCCCAUCAUUCAUUGACCGUCGACCGAGAGACGUUGAAAGACUUCUUUGGGGUCCCUUGAGUGGUCUCUGCCUCCCACCCGUCACGCUUCAUUGGGUCUCGAUCAUCAAUGUCUUGCACAAUUCACCAAGCAGACCCCACUUGCUUAUUUUAUUUUAUUUUUAUCGAGUUUAUGUGUUUGCAUUGUGAACAUUCUGUAUGUAUCUGUUAAUGGGGUCAAUUAACUAACACUAUAAAUAAUAUUCAACACGAGUAUCAUGUGGUGAUCAAUGACAAGGAUCCUCCUAAGUAGACCUAAUUACUAUCUGACCAAGAUCUGCGCAGCUUUCAGACACGGUCUUGGAGCCGGAUGUGUGGACUCGGACUGGUUCUACU